AUGCUUCUGGAGCGCGACGACAGCUUCAUGUCGGAGUUCGAGGACGCUUGCAGCGCCUGGGUGGACAGCGUGAGCGCGUGCACCAGCGACGGGACCGACUCUGACGUGGGGUCACCCUUCUGUCAAGUCUUCUCCCCGGGGACCGACGCCUCUGACUCAGAUUUCUUCUCGGACUUCAGUGACUGCUCCUCGGACACGCUCUCUCCCUCCCUCGGUUACACCGGGAGCUUCUUCGCGGAGCCGGACGCGUCUCCAGCGGCAGCGGGACUGAGCAGCACCGCGGACGCCAUCCUCAACAUGAUCACCGAGAUCGUCGGUAUCUGCACCGAGAUGGAGCAGCAGGGCGACACCGGCUCCCCCCGAGAGAACACCCCGUCCCCUGCAGCUGUCUCUCCGGCCACAGCCUCCCCCUCAUCCCCGCUCCUCAGCCCGUCUCCAUGCAGCCCUGCCCCGGCUGCAGCUCAGCAGCCUCCCGCCUCCAUCUCUGCACCGGUGGUGGUGAAGAGCGAGUUUGUGAGCUCCAGCUGCAGCGGCUCUGCUCAACCUUCCAUGAGCGGGAAUGAUGCUCUGUUCUCGGCCACUGUCGACUCUCUGCUCCCGCUGGCAGCUCUGGAGCAACAGGUGGAUGUGGCUGAAUUCAUCGAGUCUCUGCUGAACUCCGAGGCCGGCCCGGGCGAGCUGAAGGCCGCCUGUGAGGUGAAGCAGGAGCCGCUGGGGCUGGAGGAGUGGCUGAAGAGUUUGGCGGCGGCCCCGGUUACCGGAGGAGAUUCUGGCAGUUACGUCAUCAGCAGACCGGUGAAGACGGAGCUCGUGCAAAGCGAACUCUACUUCCCCCCCGCCCCUCACCUCCUCUCCUCCCUCCUGCAGGGCGCGUUCCCAAUAGUCAACAUCGGCAACGUGCACGCGGCAGGAGCCCCCAAACUGUCACGCGGGGGCAGGAGAGCUCCCGCCAAGAACGGACUGAAAGUGAAACCGUUCCCGUGCUCGGUGCAGGGGUGCGAGCGCCGGUUCUCGCGCUCGGACGAACUGAACAGGCACGUGCGCAUCCACACGGGACAGAAGCCCUUCCAGUGCACCAUCUGCGCGCGCAGCUUCAGCCGCAGCGACCAUCUGACCACGCACACGCGCACGCACACUGGAGAGAAGCCCUUUUCGUGCGACGUGUGCGGCAAGAGGUUCGCGCGCAGCGACGAGAGGAAGAGGCAUGGGCGCGUGCACGUCAAGCAGCAACUGCGUGCCCAAAUGAUGGCCGCCUACUCUCUGGCCCUGAACGCGCCUGGCGUGUAAACAGCAGCACGAUGGUUUUUGGCCAGUGAGGCCGAUUUAAAGCUUCAGGAUUUGAACCGUCUACCGGACAAGCGUCAGAGUGACGUUUCCAUGUGACGUCACAUUGAAGGCGAUUUAAGCUGAGACAAGAAGUGCAAGAUGUUUACAGAUGUUCACAGACAUGGACAGAUGU